AACCAAACGCUUCUCCAGAAAGAAAGGCGGAGAUAGAAGAAAAGUACGUCUCGACCUCGAAGGAAAGCUUGGAAUCUCCAAUUGCAUCCCUCAAAACCCUAACCUUAGUUCCUGAUUCGAUAUACUUUUUUUUACUUGAAUUUCGGAAGAACGAAUAAUCUGACUGUGAGAGAUAAAAUUUGUUGAGCUAAAUCAAUUUUUUUAAAGUAUUAUAAUUAUAAUAAUGUCUGCAAUAGUGUGUGGAAAGAGAUCGUUCUUCGAUGAAACAGAAUCCGCGGCGGCGUCGCCGACGUCUGCAUCGCCUCCGGCCUACAAGAGGUUCCGGUGCUCUUCAUCCACUUCACCGGUCCGGUUUACUUACUCGCCGCCGGUACAAGCGAGUCCGGUUGAUCGGCUUAAGGCUUUGUUUCCUGAUUUGGAAUUUCAGCUUCUAGAGAAAGCUUUAGAAGAGUCUGGAAAUGACUUGGAUUUGGCUAUUAAGAGCCUUCACGAGCUUUGUCUUCAAUAUUCAGAGGGCAACUCAGACUCCACUGCUGAAGAAAAUGAGAUUAUGGGAAAAGGUGAAAUGCCAACAGGUGGGGAUACAGUUCCUCUGCAGGAGCCUCAGGUCCAGAACAACCUGCCUUCAGAUGGGGCGGAAUGGGUGGAUUUGCUUGUGAAGGAGAUGAUGCAUGCUACUAGUAUUGAUGAUGCAAGAGGCCGUGCUGCCAGCGUAUUGGAGAGUUUGGAGAAAUCCAUAAGCUCUCGGGCUAGUGUUGAGGCAGCUCAAAAUUUUCACAAGGAAAAUGUGAUGCUGAAGGAACACAUUGAGACACUUCUUCGAGAUAAUGUCAUCCUUAAACGUGCUGUAGCCAUCCAGCAUGAACGGCAAAAGGAGAAUGAUGAGAGAACCCAAGAGGUGCAGCAACUGAAGCAGUUGGUGGUUCUGUAUCAGGAGCAGUUGCGAACACUUGAGGUGAACAACUAUGCGUUGACUUUGCAUUUGCGUCAGGCUCAGCAGAGCAACUCCAUCCCAGGACGUUUCCAUCCAGAUGUAUUCUAAAUUUCAGGUGAUCGUCAGUUCGUGUGCUGCAAUAGCUGCUGCUAGAUUUUAUAUAGGUUGUGCCACAAAAUGUUUAAUACAAAAGUUAUGCAUGUUGUAAAAACUUUGAUCUUUAUGUGAAGCAUUACCUCAAGGACUGGGGUCAUGUCAAAAGUUAUGCAAGUAAUUUAUGCUUGUGUCUUC